GCGCUGUGUUUUUGUUUGUGAAUUGCUCACGUUGGCCUGAUUGCGACGUCACAAGUUCAUUGUCGAGGGUUGUCUGGCUGAUUGAUUGAUUGUUCAAGCGGUGAUUCUGUUGGUGUUUAUCUCAAUCUACAAAGAGGUAAACAAUUGAGAUCCACCAGGGCGGCACGGUGAUUGAGACCGAAGAUGGAGACAGAGUUGAGCUCCUUACGCUCUAAUGAGUCUCUCUCUGAUAUGACAAACGAACUCAGGGGGCUGGAGAUUGCCGAGAAGGGCGGUGAGGAUAUGGAUCAUGGUGAUGUUGGGAGUGUCCCCACAACACACCUUGGUUUUGAAGAAGAGUUUGACGAUGAUGAGGAGAAUGAGUUUCUCAACUCAAGUUCUUUCCUGUCGAACUCCCAGAUUAUAAGGUCCACAAAUGUCGCAAACUUCAACCCGACGGUGCGGAAUACCUUGCAAAGUCCUACAAGAAGAGAUGACCAGGCAAGACAUGAACCAGAUUUGUCGAAAGGGGAAGAAGGUCUGAGCACCCAGCAAGGGUUCGACCAGGGUGGUGAGGGUGAGGAUUUUAAUAAUGAAGAGAUUGGGAUUUACGAUCAUAAUGAAAUAUCGGUUUUCCCAAGCGACGAUGAAAAAUCUACACGAUUCAUCGAUAUUGAUGAUCCUAGAUCAACACCAAAACUACCAAAGAUGCAUCCAAAUUUCACACCCUGGAGAAACCUACGUCCAACUAGUAGUAUACGUGUGAAGGAAACACGCAAUGAACCGUCCAUUGACUACGUGCAGUCCUUAUUUGAAUCAGAUGCACCGCUUUUUGAGGCGAACUCGCCUGCAAGAUCUGUAUCUCUUUUUGACAUUGCCAGUAAUGAUGGUACGUCUGGAUCUAAUGCUGCAGCUGCAACUUCCACUGUUGAGAUGGAAGACCUCAGAAAACAGAUAACAAACUACAAGCUGCAACAGAGAAUUCUCACUGAGGUGAUUCGUGAAAUAUUGAAACUUUCAGGUAAUGGGGACCAAUUGAAGUCUGAACUCAUGCAAAGAAUAGAAAAUGAGAAUGUCCUACUAAUGGCUGAACGUGAUAAUGUGAAAGAUAGUAUAAAGAAAGAAGAAAACGAAACUCUUACAAAGUAUAAUGAAAAGGUAAAAGAACUUGUUGACUUAAAGGGAGACUUGAUAUCGAUGAAAAACGUCAAUGAAGAAUUACAAUCAACACUUGAAGGUUACAAGUCUCACAUCAAUGCACAAGAAGAGACCAUUAAUAACCAAUAUACAAACAUAGAAGUAUGGACAAAGUUAUGUGAUGAAAUACUUGAGAUUCUUCUACAAUAUAUUGAUGGUGAUUCCGCUAAGGCCAUGCAACGUGUCAGAUCCGGUACGCUGAGUAUCACUACAGCACUUAACGUUAUCAAGUUCUCUAUUGAUGAACUGGGUCAGAAGAUCUUAUCCAUCUCCAAAGACUUAAAGGCUGGUGAUGAAAAUGAACGAACAUUGCCAAUAAUGCAUGAGUUCUAUGCUAAGUUGACAAAUGUCAAACAAACAGAAGAAAAGCUUAAAACACUUUGGAAUACGCAAUCCACAUUGGUGUCGUCUUUGAGAUCUGAAGUUUCGAAACUCCGUCGUGACUCUGAAGACAACGGCCGGUAUGUGACAAACCUUCGAAAGCUCCUCAACGAAAAAAGGUUAAAAAUAUCAUCUUUGAAUGAGUAUAUCAAGGAGCUUGAGUCACAAAUAGAACAACUCAAAGAUGAAGAUGGUUUUGAUAGCAGCAGGGAAACCCAAUUGUUGAAGAAUAGACUCACCAUUUUGAAAACCAAUCAUGCAAAGGAAGUUGAGGCACUCAAAGACUCUAUAGCACACUUAACCAUUGAGCUGGAGCAGAACAAAGGAAACAUUGAACUUGAGCAUGAGUUAUCGAGGAAGAGAAGACAAAUCACAGAUUUGGAAUCUCAGAUAUCAUCUCUUCAAUCUCAAUUGUCGGAUAGAACUCGUGAUAUGGACUCCGCUGUUGACAGUUUAAAGCGUACCCUACAAACUACACGCGAAGAAUACGAUUCACUACUCAGAGAAUGUAAUCACCUCAAGAGCAAGUUAAAGGAUGCACAAGACAGAGAAGAUGCAAAGGAGAAAGAAUAUAGGAGGAAAUUGGAACAUGCUGCAAAGGAACUUAAUCUUGCAGUCAUGAAACAGAGAGCUUUGGCUGCUGAGAAGAGUAAACUACGAUUUUCUCUUGAAGAUUGCAAAAGAGAGCGAUCUGCUCUAACUCUUAACAACAAUACCUUAAGUGAGAAGGUUGAUCGUUUAAGCUAUGACUUAUCAUCGCUGACUAAUUACGAAGUUGGAUUCAAAAGUCUCUUGGAUCUUCAGGUGCAUCAUCUGAGGAAUAUGUUGGAUGACUUUGAAGCUGUACUUGAGAGAUCAUCUUACAUUCAAGCAAAGCAAAAAUUAGAUAAACUAUUAGAUUCAAACUUGGACUUUGAGAUGACACAUUCAAUUGUUCGAUCAUUGUUUGCCUUUUUUGAAAACGCUAUGGGCUCACUGAUUGAGGACCAUAAAAACAUGCUAAUGAACAACCACGAAGAGGAGCUUGCUAACGAGAAUGCGGAUCUCCACCAACAAGUUGAGACCCUUCAGCAAGAACUUCAAUGGUACUAUGAGAAUGCCAAUGUUGAUCAGGACAGUCCUAGAACGAAAUUGAGAAUCAGUGAUCUGGAGAAGAAGCGUAAAGCUGAACGUGAGAGACGUCAAGUGGAAUUCAGAGAAUCACAGAUUCUGGUUAGAAAAUUGGAAGAUGAGAAUCGUUCUCUAAAGGAAAAAUUGGCAUCAUUAUCUACAAAGUAA